AUGACCACGGUUGGCGGCAUACUCAAAGUGUUUGUGGUAGUGGUUGGGGCCGGCCCGGCGUUGUGCAUCAUGAACAGGGGCGAGGAGCAACAACAACUCGAUCUGGAGGACAUUCUGGGCACCAUGAGCACUGCUGCUCCCCCUGCAGCCGUCCCCGCAGCCGCCGGUGAAGAAGUGGCUACUGCACCUGCAUCAUCGGAAGCAACAGCAGCUCCCUCGACGAGGAAGCAUAGGAACCCGAGCCUGUACGCCAACGUACCUGCAGCUGAGAUAAUUGACUCGCUCCCCCUGGAGACGCGGCUCUUGGUGCGCCGUCGGCAGUAUGGAGGCUUCUGGCAAGCUGAGUUCCUACUCAAGGGCAUGGCUGCCGCUGGCACAUGCUUCGAGCCAGAAGCAUCGGACAUCUUCCUCGCCAGCUUACCCAAGUCCGGCACCACCUGGCUCAAGGCCCUUGCCUUCGCGACGCUCAACCGUGCCACACACUCGCCGUCCGACGGCCAACACCCGCUCAACCACCGGAACCCGCACGACUGUGUCGGCUUCCUGGAGUUCAGGAUCAUCCAGCAGCAGCAGCAGCAGCAGCACGACGCCGCCGGUGCAAGGGGUUUGUAUGAGGCCCUCCCUUCUUCUCCACGGCUGUUUGCAACACACCUUCCCUACUCCCAGCUUCCCCAUGCCAUCACGGAGGAGGGUUCCCGGUGCCGGAUCGUGUACGUAUGCCGGGAUCCCAAGGACGUGCUCAUCUCCUACUGGAACUUCUACAAGAAGGUGGCAGCGACGGCAGCCGCCACUGCCGGUGGCGACGGCGACGGCCAGGACUCUGCAGGCGUGACCAAAUUCGAGGAGGUUUUUGAGCUCUUCUGUGAGGGACGGUUCCCCGGAGGGCCACACUGGCUGCAUGCCCUAGAAUACUGGCACGCGAGCCAGAGGAGGCCGGACCAGGUGCUGUUCCUCAGGUACGAAGACAUGCUGGGAGAUCCGGUGGGUAACCUCAAGAAGCUAGCAGCGUUCAUGGGGUGCACCUUCUCUGAGGAGGACGAGGAGGAUGGGGUGGUGGAUCAGAUCGUGGAGCUGUGCAGCUUGGAGAAUCUCAAGAGCAAGGACGUCAACAAGAACGGGAGUACGCGGCUGGGCAUCAAGAGUGAGUCAUUCUUCAGGAAGGGGCUGGUCGGCGACUGGAAAAACUACAUGACCAUGGACAUGGCAGCGAGGCUGGACAAGAUUGUUGAGGAGGCCACCCGAGGUUCUGGGCUCACCUUUGGGAACUCCUCACUCCUCGGUCGAGGUUAA